AAGAACCGGUGGCAGCUUGGUUCCUGUGCGGAUGCUGGGGCUGUAGGCGCCGCGCUUUCGGCUCGUUGCGGCUCACAGGGAGGAGGACGCCGGGGCUCGCUUUCCCUCCGCCGCCUCCGUCACUACCAUGAUUCCAGUGUCGCUGGUGGUCGUGGUGGUGGGCGGCUGGACUGCCGUCUACCUGACCGACUUGGUACUGAAGUCAUCUGUGUAUUUUAAGCAUUCUUAUGAAGACUGGCUGGAAAACAACGGAUUGAGCAUCUCCCCUUUUCACAUAAGAUGGCAAACUGCUGUUUUCAAUCGUGCCUUUUACAGUUGGGGACGGCGGAAAGCAAGGAUGCUUUACCAGUGGUUCAAUUUUGGAAUGGUGUUUGGCGUAAUUGCCAUGUUCAGCUCUUUUUUCCUCCUCGGGAAAACGCUGAUGCAGACUUUGGCACAGAUGAUGGCUGACUCUCCCUCUUCUUAUUCUUCCUCCUCCUCUUCUUCUUCCUCUUCUUCCUCCUCCUCUUCCUCUGCUUCUUCCUCUUCAUCAUCUUCCUCUUCCUCCUCCUCAUCAUCGUCCUCCUCACUUCACAAUGAGCAAGUGCUACAAGUUGUGGUUCCUGGUAUAAAUUUACCUGUCAACCAACUGACCUAUUUCUUCGCUGCAGUUCUCAUUAGUGGUGUUGUACAUGAAAUUGGACAUGGGAUAGCAGCUAUUAGGGAACAAGUUCGAUUUAAUGGCUUUGGGAUUUUUCUGUUCGUUAUUUACCCUGGAGCAUUUGUUGAUCUGUUCACCACUCAUUUACAACUUAUAUCACCAGUGCAGCAGCUAAGGAUAUUCUGUGCAGGUAUAUGGCAUAAUUUCGUCCUUGCACUCCUUGGUAUUUUAGCUCUUGUGCUCCUCCCUGUAAUUCUCUUGCCAUUUUACUACACUGGAGUCGGGGUGCUUAUCACUGAAGUUGCUGAGGACUCACCUGCCAUUGGACCCAGAGGCCUUUUUGUGGGAGACCUUGUCACCCAUCUACAGGAUUGCCCUGUUACUAAUGUACAAGAUUGGAAUGAAUGUCUAGAUACCAUCGCCUAUGAGCCCCAAAUUGGUUACUGUAUUAGUGCAUCAACUUUACAGCAGUUAAGCUUCCCAGUUAGAGCAUACAAACGGCUAGAUGGUUCGACUGAAUGCUGUAACAAUCACAGCCUCACAGAUGUGUGCUUUUCCUACAGAAAUAACUUUAAUAAGCGUUUGCACACAUGCUUACCUGCCCGGAAAGCAGUUGAAGCCACGCAAGUUUGUAGAACCAAUAAAGAUUGUAAAAAAAGUUCAAGUUUCUGUAUAAUACCUUCUUUGGAAACUCAUACUCGCUUAAUAAAAGUGAAACAUCCACCUCAAAUUGAUAUGUUGUAUGUAGGCCAUCCACUGCACCUUCACUACACAGUGAGCAUCACCAGUUUUAUCCCACGUUUCAACUUUCUAAGCAUAGAUCUGCCUGUGGUUGUGGAGACAUUUGUCAAGUACCUGAUUUCCCUCUCAGGAGCUCUGGCUAUUGUUAAUGCAGUGCCCUGCUUUGCUUUGGAUGGUCAGUGGAUUUUAAACUCUUUUCUAGAUGCUACCCUUACCUCAGUGAUUGGAGACAAUGAUAUCAAAGAUUUGAUAGGAUUUUUCAUCUUGCUUGGUGGUAGUGUACUUUUGGCUGCCAACGUGACCCUGGGACUCUGGAUGGUUACAGCACGGUAAUAUUUGCACUCAUCUUGCAGAAUGAUACUUCAUAUGAAAUAGAAAGCAUUUCCUUAAAAUUACAUUUUAACCAACAACUUUAAGCUCCUCCUAUAUCAGAAUAUCCAAACUCUGGGAUAGGAGAUAAACAGAAGAAAUGAAAGGCACAGUCCCUGACUACACCCUACUUUUAAAGACUGAACUUAACAAACUUCAGAUGCUGGUGGAACAAUUUCUAAACAAGUGAAAAUUCAUGUUAAACCAUUUUGUGUGACUACAUAUCAUAUUGCAAUAGUGUAAAGGAGAACAGAACUGGGUGGAAUUAAUCGGGAAAACCUUUUUGAAAAAGCGUCAUUAAUCCAGAUUUGAAGAAGACCAGACUCUGGCCAAGUGGAAGGGUGAGCAUUUUCUUGGCCUAUAUUGCUUGUCCUUUUUCUUAUUUUGAAAAGUAUUUUAAGAUUUAUUGGUAUAUUAUUUUGUACUCUGACAACUGAGGUCUGAUUACAGUUAAUAAAAUUCUAUAAAAGAAUCUGCUGACAUGAAAGGGAAAAUCUUUGUCAAAUGAUACCAAAUAAGUGAACAAAGUGGGAAGUAGGGCAUACAAUGACACAUGCUUUGCCCCACAAGAGUUGCCUCUUGAUAAUGUGUCCCCAUACCCUCAUAAAGCAGCACUAGCCUUGACAUUCAGAGUGAGCUACAAGAAGUAUCUUCCACUUGCAGCAUGUGAGCUGAGGAAAUUAAAGUUGAGCAUCAGAACUGAGCCUGGUCUUCUAACAGAUCACAAGACAGAUCUGCUGCAUUCCUGGUUACCAUUCUCUACAAAGCUUUGAAGCUCAAAACCCUUCCAGGGUAGACAUUUUCUCUUGUGCUGCUGGGGUUAUCUGGGGCCUGGGUCCUGGGUUCCUGUCCUCAAGGAGCAACUACCUUAAGCUCUCAACCAUACUGUGUCCUCACCAGCAGCUUCCAUGUUUCUCUGUAUUGAGUAAUUAAACACCUAGUCCUUGCUUUCCAUCUUUCCCCUAAGCUACCUCUAUGGGUCCACGGAAGACUUGGUAAAACACUGAGAAUGGCUACACAUGAGUACAGAUGUGGAUUUGCCAGAGCCUGGGAACUGACUCUUGAGCCCAAAAAAGCCCUGAGUAGUUCGAGGUCUUUUGGACUGGAGAUGGAGCCCUGGAAGAUCCAGGAAGUCAACAGGCCACUGUGAAGCUCUUGGUCUUCUAAGUAUCCGAGUGUGCUUUUCUUUGAUGAAAAAUAUGUGCUUCCCUCAUACACUCAAGAACAUUAAUAACCAUGUACCCAACUUUUUCACUAAGUGAGGCAUUCUGUGGGUUCACCUUUUUCUGAUCAUUGAGCUGCUCUUCAGGCAAUAAAGGUUUUUAAUCAUUUUUAAGAAACUCUUUAGACUGUAUUGCAAGUUUGCCUGCCUUCUUAAAUAGAAAUUAUUUAUUGAGUAUAAUGUUAAGAUUUUAUUAAUGACUUGAGGUCAUCCGUUAUUACCACUACUAAAACCAUGCAAGUUACUCGUUUAUCUCAGAAAGAAGGUGGUUGUUAUAUUCUUAGGUAGAUAGUCAUUCAGGAUCAAAGUCUGUUAGCAGAGAGCUCAGACCUGUUCAGACAGUAGAGCUUGGGGAAUGCCAUGAAAGACUUGCAUAAUUAAUUUGAUUACACGAACUAUGCAGUUUACUAAUGAACAUGUUGUAUAUGUGCAGGUCAGUUUUUUAAAACCGAGAAAAAAAUUUUAAUAGAGGAAAUCCUACCCAUUAACUUCUUUUUCUGGGUGGAAAAAAAAAAAACAACCGAACACCUCAUUUUCUUGUAGCAUUUGAACAUCUUGGUCUCUCCAUAGGGUCAGGAUUUGAGAAUAACUCUUAUUAGGAUAAUGAGCAGAUCAGUCGCAUUUUUAUAGAAAUGGCCUCAUCGUGUAAGAAAGGUAAUGUUCCUGUUGUCUCUUCAGCUUGAUUGUGGGUAUUUCUAGAGCAAGGACCGUGCCAUACUCAUCUUUGCAUCCCUGGCACAGUGCAUGAGACAUCAUAAAUACUUAAUAAACUUGGUUGAAUGGAUGAUGAAUACUGUUAUUUAUGGAUUAGGAAAGCAUGUUUCUAUUUAAGUAAGCUAUGAAUAGUAUUAUAGAAUAUUUACUGUAAAUAUAUGUUAACAAAAAAAUAACUGGGAAGGCCUUUGUGUCCCUAGUAUAUUAUCAUCUAUAUGAAAAUCCAUUUUAAUUACUGUAGAGCAAUUAGAAAAAUGAAUUACUUUGAGGAUUUGAGGAAAAUGUGCUUUCUGUGUUGUCACAUUGUUCAACAGUACAACUUUAUUUUCAGUGUUCCUACUCUACAUUGUUUACAUUUUCAAAGGUUUUUUUAAAUCACCUAGACUGUGUAAAGAACGUAUAUAUUCUUUUCAUCUCAGUUUGAAAAGACAUGCGGUUAAACUUGACCUUUUGAUAAUCACUCUUACAGGGUCAUUGUCAUCUAUUCUAACAGCAAGUCUUAAACAAGCACUUCAUGGAUACAUGGCUGUCAGUCUUCAGUUUGUCCUGUGGUAUUUAUUGAAUGUCCACAUACUAAUUAAUAGUGCACAGGUCUUUUUUUCUUCAGAUCUUUCGACUGUGCUGUAAUUCAUUCUUAGUAUUCAAUUUGAAGUUACCAUAGUUGCUGGCAUUUGAUGUUUAGCAAUAAAAGAAUAAUUGUGUACCAGCA